CACAUUCGCUUCGCUCGCAGUGAUAAGGACAUUCUCGGCUCGGCUCGGCAGCGCAAUAAUUCUAUAGCUUGAUAGCUGAAGCGAGUAGUUUUAGAUAUACCGUAUUUAGUGCAUAGGUAUACAUCUUUUCCUUUAUCCUACAGUACAAUUAUGCUACAGGAAACACCAUUGUUCAAUACUCGUCGUAUAGUUUAAUGAAUUGCUCAGGUUCGCGAAAACAUUACUUUAUAAUGCGUUGUAAGUGAUAAGCUUUAGGUUCGAUGAUUAAUCGCGUGCGUGUACUUAUGUGCUUCUGAACCUGUUAUAAAUCUACGUAAUUUUAUCCUAUUCUAAAUGCUUGAGUGAAUUUUUUCACGUAGCUACUGAUAAGUGAAGAUUUUUCUCCUGUUCGCAUCCAUACAUUCAAAUCGUUCGUAUCAACGCAAAGCUAUAAAGUGUCGUUUCCAGUUCCUACUCUGCAAGGUGUUAUUGUAUAGCGACGAUAAAAAUCAAUCUCAAAUUUCAACAUGCCAAUGGUGGUGGCGAAUGUGGCUCUAUAAUCACAAUCAGUAAGCAUAAAAGGUGAUUAGUCUGCACAUUGAUCGCGAUUUAUUGAGCCCGGCGACUGGCGUAAUCGAAAUUCCCAAAAACCGAUAAGUCCCGUUCGUACAGAAGAAAAGAAGCAAAGCAAGCGGGUGGCAAAAUGUACCAAAAACGCUUGAUGCGAAUCAUCUACCUGAUUCUAUUUGUGGUGGUAGUGAUAUUGCUGUACAAGAGCUUCACCAGUGCGCCGGAAUCCAGCCCAAUCCAAGAUGACUCCCUGGCCCGACCGGCUGAUGCACCCAUCUACACUAUGGUCUUCUACGAGGCCCUUUGCCCGGAUUCGAAAAAUUUCAUCAUCAAGCAGUUGCAGCCGGCAUUUGUGAGGGCACCACAUCUGCUGGAAAUACAAUUCGUGCCGUACGGCAAAGCGUCGACCAGCACAUUAUCCGACGGCUCACUAUCAUUCGACUGCCAGCACGGCCCGAUCGAGUGCGAAGCAAACAUCAUCCACGCCUGCGUGGUGGAAGCCGUACAUGAUGCUAAAACUCGGCUGGACAUGGUGGCCUGUAUGAUCCGGGACAACAUGAUUCCGAAGGACGCAUUCUACCGCUGUGCCAAAGAGCACGGAGUGGAAAUCGAGUCCAUCCAAAAAUGCUACGACAGCCCCCACGGCGCCGAACUGCUCAAGCUGCACGGUGAGGCAACCCAUGCGCUGCGGCCACCGGUCACCUUCAUUCCGACCAUCACCCUGGAUGGGCAACAGGGCCGGCAAGCUUCCAUCCUGAAGGACCUCUUCGGCGAAGUGUGCAAGAUUGCCUCCGGACGGGGACCGAAACCGGCGGAGUGCGAAUGAUAGCAGAUGGUUCUCUACUCGAUAAAUCGGUUCACGCGCGAGAUGUAUGGCGAGUUCCGGCAAAUUCCAGCGCACAUCCAGCGCUCCAUACUGCUGCUGCUGCAGUAGAUUUAGCUCCCGAUUGCAGCAUGUUUAAUUACCUACUACUCGGCAGCAUACAACGAUGAUGCCCUCCACCAGAGACUUUGUUUAAGACAUCGAGUAAUUUAUAAGUUGCAGAGUAGGCCAUGUGGCCCUUGGCCUACUUAGAGGUAUGAGUUGAAAUGAAGACUUGUUUUCCAUUUUGCAUUGAAAAUUUGAAACUUAAAGAGACGUAACAUCAACCAUAAAAUCCAAACGCACGAAAAUAGUUAAAGUUUUGCACCGAAUUAGGAAAGUAUUAGUAAUUGAAAUAAUGUAGUAGAUUUACAUUUUGAAUGUUACUCCCUCAGACCAGACUUGUAGUCGUAGGAUAAUUGUAUGUCUAAGCUCAGUGUACCGGCCGAUUGGAUAUUGAAUGAGUAAGAAAGUAGAACAGAACGACGACGGUGUUAGUCCAAGCAAGUUUAGGUGAUUUGUACGCAAUAUUCCAAAAAGGAAAUAGUAGUCUUCGCUAGUGGAACGACAUAGCAAUAGCGAAAGGAAAGUAGAGGAAUGACCUGGUAGCUGGAAUCUAUCUACAGGUAUCGAAAAACCAAGGAUAUGUACUUUAAGUGAUUAGAUCUAAAUAAACAUAGAAUGUCAAAAAAUCA